CUUCUAGCCCAGCUCAUAGAUAAUCUCCAUAAUCAUUAAUAUCGUCUACGAUUUUUGGAGAAGGAAGUUAUAAAUUUUGUCAUUUAAAAAAAAAAAGCAUUAAUGGGAGACUCUUCUGCAUCAUACAUACAUAUGGUGCAGCACUUGAUAGAGAAGUGCUUGAUCUUCAACAUGAGCAAAGAAGAGUGUAUGGAUGCCCUCUCCAAGCAUGCAAACAUUAAACCAGUUAUCACUUCAACUGUGUGGAAUGAGUUAGAGAAAGAGAACAAAGAUUUCUUCGAGGCGUAUGCUAAAUCUCAGAGGGACGAAGAUCGAAUGUCAGAAGCCGAGACGAGUGCAUUGAUUCAGAAGAUGGUAUCCGAUCACGAUGAUCAUGAGGAACGUCCCAAAGAUCCUCCUCUUCCUGAAGAUGAGCAAAGAAAAUCACCUUGAAAUUCUAACCUCUUCUAAGUUGCAGCUGGUUGGGGUUGGGGAUGAAGCAGCUCAGUUGUUAGAAGAAUAAACACAUGACCUAGAAUUUGGAGGACAACCAGCAAAACUGGAAAGAGGACAUACCAUACAUACAUACUAAUUUAAAUUGAAUGGGUCCUGCUGCAUAUCAUUGGAAUUAAUGCUAGAGUCUACGGACAUAGUACGUACUCUCUGUGGUCCAAAUUCUCCAAGUCAGCAACGAAAUCUAGAGGAUUUCCUAUCAACAAGUGCCACAUCGACCCAGGUAGAAGAGAAAAGAUUUUUACAUGUGAAAUCUCUGCCAACGUUUUCUUUUUCUUUUUAUUUUUUUUGGUUCAGUGACAAAGAUAUGGUAGACACUCACUUAGUAGUAGUGUGUAUAUUUGUGCAUAUUCUGGUUGGAGAGUGACUCAAUAUUGAUAACGUUGUUGAAGAAUACCUUGUACUCUCUCUUGCACAGACGACACACGCCUGGGCUGUGGGGGGAUGGCAUCUUUGUUUCAUUGUUUGUCAGUUUAUAACUAUUUCGAUCUAAUUUGGUUCUAUUUUGUGCUAUUUAUUAGUUUACAAACAUUUGAUAUAUG